AUGAGUUCAAAAAAUGGAGGGAAAUCUUCCACUAUGGCAAUCAAAGAUGAUGAUUCUUCCAAAGGGAAAAAUGCUUUGGAAUCUCUUCCAAAAAUUGAGCAAUUAACAGAAGAUGUUACUGGCGUCAACCUAGAGUCAGGACAAGAUGAUGGUGAAUGGGUGGUAUAUUCAAGGAAAUCCAAGAAUAGAGCCAAAAAUGGUGCUGCAAAACCAUGGAGUCCUCCGGUUCAUAAUUCUAGAGUAGUGAGAAAUCCAGAGAUGGCUCACAAGCCGGUUACUGGGAAAGAUGGAAAAGUUGGAAGGGCUUCUGGUUCUGGAAGUGGAAAUCCUUUGCAUUCCCAAAAUGCUAACUUCAAUAGACCUGCUGGUAGAGGAAAUGCAAGGCCCCAGUUAAAUUCGAGCGAAUCUGAAAGCAGCAAUGUGACUUCGAGCCCUCUAAUUCAACCUCCCCUGGAGCAUGGGUGGAAUUGGCAAUCUAGAACUGGUUCCAAGCAGCCCUGGGGUGUUGAUGAUAACAUGGUAAAGGAUGAGAUUACAGAAGGGUCCCCAGUGAAGAAUGAUGGUAGUGUUGAUGAAGAGGGGGAGGAGGGCUUUGAUGCCAUGGAAGAUACUGAUGAUGAUGUAAUGAGUGAUGAUUAUGAGUCUGAUACUAGUCAAAAGAGCCAUGAGAUUCGUAAGAAGAAUAAAUGGUUUAAGGCUUUCUUUGAGAAUUUGGAUAGCCUAUCUAUUGAAACGAUCAAUGAACCAGAAAGGCAGUGGCACUGUCCGGCUUGUCGAGGUGGUCCUGGUGCUAUUGAUUGGUACAGAGGGAUUCAGUCUCUGAUGACUCAUGCCAAAGCAAAGGGGUCAAAAAGGGUGAAGAUCCACAGGGAGUUUGCUGAGAUUUUGGAUGAGGAAUUGCGCAGAAGAGGUACUGCAGUGAUUCCGCCAGGGGAAGUAUUUGGUAAGUGGAAAGGUUUGAAAGAUGAGGAGAAAGAUCAUGAAAUUGUUUGGCCUCCAAUGGUUGUCAUUCAGAAUACAAGGCUUGAACAGGAUGAAAAUGACAAGGUACAAGUGUUUUUUCUUGUUAGCAUCAAAUGA